AUGAGAAGCAAAACCCCUCUAGCGGAUGCUGUGUCGAUUACAGCGUUGCCGCCGGUGGUGUCCACCACCUCAGCGACGUCGGUGCCGGACGCCGUCGAGGCGUGGCGGGCGAAGUUGAAGCGCAUCUUUGCCAUGAUGUCGAACACCCCUGGUGGGGAACCCCCGGAAGGGGAUUAUGGCAACCCCCUCGACCCCCCCACGCGCACCCGCGGCCCAGCCCAAUCAUCCCAGCCGAACCACCCGCGAGGAAGCGGGGGGCGAAUACCGCCGUCCGCGCUCAAAGAGGGCGUCGGGCCCGCCUCCCAGGGCAUCGAGCGCACCCUCCACCGCAUGAGCCAAACUCUGCACCGGCUUCUCGGGGAUUUGGACCACUCCCGGGAUGGCUGCCUCCCCUCGUUCAUCGCAUCCCGCAUUGAGGAGGAUUAUCAACGAUGUCUGGAGCAGCUCGCGCAGAACCCGGCGCGGGGAAAUCGAUCCGGGCAGGAUUCCUUUCUCUUUGGCGGGGGCGGGAACGGGAAGGAGAGUUUGGAGUGGCGGCUCCAGCUCCAGCGCGCGCGCACCGCGGCCGCCGACGAGGUCUACGCCCUGGAGAAAUCCGUUACCGACUACGCCACGGAGCCGCCGAUUCCGCGCGAGCAGAUGCGGAGUCCUUCCAUGUCCCCUUCCCCCCCGCCCGGGCCGAUGUUGAGCACGGAGAUGGAGAUCAUCGCCGAUGCCAUUCGGAAGAUUCGCGAAUCCACCAACACGAUUACGGGGCUGCAUAAUAAUAUCAGCCUGCCGUGGUGGUCCUCACCGCUGCGAACGCGGGAUAUGAAGAUCGCGACAAUACGACUAAACUACCACGCCCGGCACGCCUUAUUGUGGGAUUGGCGAUGUCAUAAUCAACUUCUCAUUCGCGCCACGCAGCUUAAUGACUUGGUUUACAGCAGCAGUGUAAAGCUCAUUAAACUGCAGAAUAAUCUGAGAAACUUUACGAAGUUGAUUGAGUUGAGUAAGACGAAUACGACGACAAUAGCAAAAGAGAUAGUAGCGCUGCAGGAGCAGCUGAAGGAGGCGAAUAUGCGCCGCGCGGAGCUGGAAGCCGCGCUUAUAGCGCACUCCCAGAAGCUCAACCUCGUUCCUUCCAUCGCGCCACCGCCGGAGGUGGAUUCUUCGGAUAAAAAUAAUGAAAGUGUAGAAAAGGAGCCCGUGAAUAACGUCCCUGUGGCUGAGCUCGCGCUGCUGCUUUUGGUGUAUAACUGGCCAGAGGAAUUGCAGGAAGAUGUGGUGCGCGUGAGAGAAUGGCUGCGGGCGGUCCCCACAGUGUUGGAAUGA